UUUAAACAAGUAUUUUAUUAUUUCUGACGAUACACAACUGGUUUUAAUAUAAAUCUCUAACUAAUUUUAAUAAAUUAUAAAACAUAUAGAUUAAAAUUAUAUAGAUUAUAUAUAGAUUAAAAUUACUCGAUUUUCGUAAUGGUAAUAACGGAAAAUAACAAAAACUUUAUUUGUUUAUUUAUAUAUUUCAAAAAAAUGAAUAUUUUUAAUAGUCAUUAUAUGAGAGAAAAACAUACAUAAAUAAUAUCUUUUUUUUUUUGUAAAUAAUUUCUUGAAAUGCAUUCGAAUAUACAUAGUUCUGAAACACGAGUCAUGUUGUGACUCAUUCGGCAUUGUAUAGUUCUUAGCAUGUUGCAUAGAGGCGUGUACAUUUAGGUUCGAAGCUUCAUAAUUGCAUGGAUACAAUAUUGUAUCCGUAUUCUUUAUUCUGUCUGUUUCUAUUUGUUUCAUUUUCGAAUAUUCUUGUAAUAUUCGUUUUUGUAUGUAUGAUCUUUGUUAUGAACAGAUAAUAUAGUAUGCAUUAGAAAAAAAGAAUAGUAUAAUUAUUAGAGAUUUUCAAUAAAUAUUUGAUUAUUGAAUUUUAAUAAAUAAAUAUUAUUUUUUAAUAUUUAUUUUAUAAAAUAGAAAUAGUUAUUGAUACUUUUGCUGUUUUUUAUUCAAUAUUUUUUUAUAAUCUCAAGUUUAGAAAUCUACGAUUUUAACGAAUAAUUGAAAUAUUAGAGAAUUAUUUUAUGUAUAAUCAUAAACAAAUGGUAUCAAUACUUCUAUUUAUGGACAAAUGCAAGGUAUUCUCAUGUCUAAGAAAAUCCGUAAAGAGUACGAUUCAAAGGAUAAAUAUAACCUCUGUUGCUGACUAGACCGAAGAAAUAACCAAAGGGAGUUGUCUCUGUAGAUCGUGUCCGUGACUGUACUUAAGGACACAUCCCUCGAGGUUGUCCACAUAGUAUUUCGCAGGCGUUGAAUAAACCGGCUUAAAGCCUCGUGCACACGUGCACGAGGAUCAUUUCUCCCUACGCAAGUUAGCGCUUGCGACGUCGUCGAUCUCUCUACCGUCAGUGGAUUUCACGAUUGUACAGAACACGGCACGCUUCCUUUCCUGCUUCUCGACUUUUUGGAGGUGGCGCCUCCUCGUGUAGCGUGUGUUAGUUUCCCUCCGCUUUUCUAUCUGUGAUCUUUCUCUCUCAUAUUCGUUAGUGCGUAUGUGCGACAAAGAAAGAAACGGAAGAGGAACUCGAGCCGCGGCGUGAUCCAGCCUGAUUGACCCACGUCGUAGACUUGCUUGUACGUGCAUAACCGGCACGAAUUGUCGCGUCGUGACAUCGAAACGCAUUAUUGUGUAAUUUUCAAGUUGGAAAGUAUAAAAGAAGUCUUUUUUAUCCGCGAUUAAGGAAAAAUGUGGGCUGGCCAAGACGAUACACAGCGUUUCAAAACCAGGGUGUUGAAACCCCCUGGUGGCGGAAGCAGCGACAUUUUCGGCGCGGCACCCGAAGAGACUAGCCCCCGCCGCGUGAAGAACCACAACCAAUCGCAGCUGGGCUCCGCUUUGUUCGGCGAUACACCGAACAACAGCAACAGCAACGAAACGCCGCGCAACAAGCCCGGUAAUGAUUCAUACAAUCGCCUGUUUGGCCCUCCCGAUGCCCCACCCACCACCCCAAACGCGAAAAAUCACAUGCGCAGCAAUAUCUCCCUCAGCGGGGAGUCGAUGUCCUCGUCGGUGUCAUCAGGCGCCGCAACGUCGCCCGCGAAGAGCACCGGAAGCUCGGACUCGAUCGCGGGCGUUCUCAACGGAUACGCGGCCAGCAAUGGCAACAAUAUGACCAACGAUGUCACAGCUUUUAGGAGAAUCAAACGAUUUCGUGGAUCGUCCUGCUUAAUGCGCAACCCGGUCACCGGAGACGGAGUUGACGUGACGCCUAUAAGGCGCAGCACACGAAGGUGUCGAGAUGGUAACCCGGUAACCGGAAUUGGUUAUGGAGAAUCACAAAACAAUGGACCAGCUGUGCAAAAUGGAACGACUAGCUCGAAUUCCAGCGAGAAAUCGAACGAUACAUCGCCAGCGGCAAAAGUUCCGGCACGCACACGCGUGCCACCUGGUGGAUAUUCAUCCGGACUGUGGUAAAAAUCUGUGGCCUCUUGGACAACCGCUAAUCGGCAUUUUCCUUUCGAUUGGCGUAAACCCUUCCAGUAUUGGUAAAUUUGAAGAAAAUCGGAUCUUCAUUAAUAUCACUUCAAGAAUAUUGCUGUGAAUUGGUUGAUCCCUUAUUUCGAUCAAGAAAAGGAAGGAAAACUGAUUGUACGAAUUCUUUCGAAUGAUGAAUUGUAUUCUUCUGAUUUAUAUUAUUCAUAUGUGACGAUAGAUGUGUCAUGUUGAUUUUUGUAGUUAGAUUCAUUUCAAUAUUAAUUAUGGUUCGUGAUUUAUAUCAUUCGUUUGAAGUACGAAUGAGUUUUUAUAUUACGUAGAUUGAAAAGAAGUGAAAAUUUAAAGAUUAUAUGGUAUAAAUACGAGUUAUUCAGGUUUGUAUUGUAUUCUAAAUUUAUAUUACAAAAAUCGUAUCUUAUUUGGAUUUAUAAGUUACAUUCGUUAUUUUCACUUUUUUAUAUUCGACUAUUUUUUGUUUUAUGUUCUAGAUUUUCCUCUCUGACUUAUCAUUGAGGUUAGUUAAUAAUGUUCGUCUUUUAUUUAUUUAUUUUUCUUUCGCGUUCUUUUUAUUGAUCUUUCUGUUCAAUUGAAAGAAAUCGAUUUUUACGAUGACUAAAUAAUAUUUUUCGUUAAGUUAGAUAUUGCACUGGAAGGGUUAAUGCAAGAAGAUAGAGAAAGUAAACUGAAAAGAGCAAACUGUCAUCUUUGUGACAAUUCUUAGGUCCUAAUUGCCGAAGCGAGUAGAAUAGUUGUUCGGUUUUCAUUAUAAAAAAAAGAAAAAAAAGGAGAAAAAUGAAAAUAAAUACAUCAUUCCUUUUCUCUUCUGCAAAUCCCCAUUUUCGCGAUUUUUUGUAAACGCAUAAUUUUAUUCAGGGGAAAAUAAAUUGUUCAUUUUUUGAAUCAUGAAAGAUAAAAAAAAUUUUUGAAGAAGGAUGUAAGAUAGUUUUUCUCGAAUAUAUCUUGUUUUCGAGAGAAUUUUUGCCUCUCUACCCCUUUCCAAUGUCCGGCCGUUCUCUUUUGAACCGCACCUUUCUAUGAUAUUCCAGAGAUCGUGUUAUUCUAAGGUAUCGAUAUUCUUUGAACCGUUAAUCCUAUGUUGAUAAGAGAAUAACGAGAACAGAGAGAGAAAGAAACAGAAAGAGAAUGAAAGAGGAAAAAAGUAUGGAACUAUAUUAUAAAAGGAGAGAGAAAGACACAAAAGACGAAUAAAAAUGAUUUUUUUCUUUCUUUUUUUUCACAAUGGAGUUUUUCGAAAUAUAAAAAUUGUGAAGGAUGUAGAAAGGGAAAGAAAAAAUAGAUCGAUUGAAAAAUGAAUCCUGCCAAAUUUUGAAAGGUAAAAAAUUAGAAGUGUGUCAUGAAAAUCAUGUUUUAAAUUGAUAGACUGUUGUCGAUUGAUUUUUUCUUCGGAUAAAUAAAUCAAAUCGUAACUUAUUUGAUGAUGAAUAGCAAAAAAUUAAUGAAGAGAAAAAAAAGAUACGAACGUCCAGAAUGAAAUAGAGAGAUAGACCGAUUAACUUGAAUAUAAUAAGGAAUAAUUAUAAAAUUAGAAAACGUUCGAUAAACCUCGGAAUUGUAUAUUAGAAGUAGGCAUGUGUUAUUUGAAAGAAGAAAAAAAAAGUAAUAACAACAACAACAACAAUAAUAAUAUUAUUAAUAAUAAUAAUAAUAAUAAUAUUAAUAUUAAUAAUGAUAAUAAAAAUACAUCAUAUAUAACCCAUUAAAAAAAUAUGGUCAAGUGCUUUCUUAAUUUUUGUGCCUUUUUAAUAAUCAUAUCUAGUUUUUUUUUCUGCAUGAACGCCAUUUGUAUAAUUUCAUAGAGAGCACAGUUCCUUUUUUUCUAUCGAUUGUUUUAAGUUUUUUCAUUCAUUCGGUAAAAAAAAAAGGAAAAAACAGAAAAAUGACUUUCAGGCAUCGAAGAGUAAUAAUCAUGAAAAUAAUAUUAGUAGCAAAUUUAGUAUUUACGCAAAUAAUCAUCCUUAAUCGAUCAAUAUACAUAAAGGAUUAGGUUUAAUUCUAUUUAUCGCUGUAAUACUUACUCUUUUUGAAACAAAGAUUCAACAUAAUUCUAUCAGACGAAAUAAUCAAUAAUCAUUUUUUAUAGUUGUUCGCUAUUUGCUUCUUUGUUAUUUCACAAUAAUGUAAGGAAUUGUAUUUAUUAUUUCAUAGUAAGAUUCGUGCACACGAUUUCUCUUACAUUCGAAAUAAAAAAAAAAAAGAAAAAGAGAAGAAAUAUUUCUUCAUCAUUUUGGUGUGAGUAAAAAAUUAUAUUGUUUGUAUUGCAUCAUAUUCUCGUCUCAUAAGUAGCUCUUUUGUACUCUGGCAUUAAUUAAUAAAAUUUUGUAAGCAAUAA